AUGAACCCAAGUAGACUCGUAGAAGUCAAAAGCAAGUUUGGUGCCGAGUUCCGGCGAUUUAGUUUCAUGGCAGAGGAUACACUACAAUACAACGCUUUCUAUUCCCUACUUGAGCGUAUUCACAUGUUGUUCAACAUCCCUUUUGUUAUUCAGUAUGUCGAGCCGAAAAACGCAGAUUUACUACCGAUAAGUAAUAACAAGAAUUUCGAACUAGCUGUAAAUUCUUCAAAACCUUUACUUAGGAUUUUACUUCAGCGAAAAGGUGAGAGUUACGGAGAAAUUUACGGGUAUAAAUCUUCUAAACACGGUCUUAUACAUCGAGGAGCGGCCGACACUCUUCGGAACUUCGGUGGCAGUGAGAAACAUCGUCGAUCUGAAAAACCUGUCAUAAGUGUUAUGAGUGACUUCCACUUGGUCUCAUCGAUACUGGAUGUUGAUAUUAUACCAUGGACAUUAAGACGUGUAAGCCUGAUCCGUUCACCUGGUAAACAGUUCGGUUUAAAUAUUCGUACUGGUGCUAUUCAAUAUUAUACUAAAAAUGCCGAAGACGGGAUUGCUUAUAAUACUGGUUUAUUAGCUGUGAAUGAUGAAAUAAUUGAAGUGAAUGGUAUUGAAGUUUACGGUAAAUCAUUAGAUCAAGUCAAUGAUAUGAUGGUUGCUAAUAGUUCAAAUUUAAUUAUUACUAUUCGACCAGCUGAUCAAAGUAUGUGUUUAGUUCCAAGAGAGAUUUCACGUUCAAGAUUUUCACAAAGUUCUGAUCUUUUAUAUGGUCCACGAAAAAAUAUUCCAAUAACUGGACGUAGUUCACCACUAUUAUUAUCAUCAACAACAACAACAAAUUAUACUCAAUCUCAAUCACAAUAUAUUCCAUCUCAAUUAUUAUCAUCAUCAUCAUCAUCUCAUCCAUUAACAACAAAUGUUGUAUCCUCAAAUAAUCAUAAUCCAUUAACUAGAACAAGUGGAUUUAAUGGUGAUUCAACAAUUCAAAUUAAUGAAGAAAUUGAAAGUGAUGAUGAUAUGAAUGUUGGAUUAAUUACAAUAUAAAUGGUAUUCAGUUUAUUAUUUGUUCUAGUUUAUACAUUCCUAUUCAUUUCAUACAUAUACACAUUUAUAUAUAGUUGAAAUCUCAUAUCAAUUUAGCACAAAGUAAUGA